ACUUGACGCGACUCAUUGAGCAUGACCAAAAAAUGUCAUGACAUUGUAGUUACCUGUCUCUAGACUUACCUUACAAAGUAGUUAGUUGGACCUCGAACUAACUAACUAAUUAUAGAUUAGUGAACAAUGAAACCAAGGCACAACAAGAAUCGACAACUUAGAUUCAGUCCGACUCCUGUUAGCGAACUAUUGCAGGCAGAAUGAGCUCAGCUCAGGGACUGCUUCUUCACGUUGCCGUGCUCCUGGCAAGCGCUCCAUUAUUAAUCCAGCCUGUGCAAAGUGUGAAGCAUCCGAAAUGGCAUUUGAAUGAAGGAAUCGGCUCCAGUUCGUGGUUAGAAGAGCUGAGUGGGCGACUGACAUCGGGCCAACGCAAUACAGUCUCCGGAUGGGAUCAUGCGGCUUCAGAGCAGCUAUCGAAUUGUGCGGAAAGUGCACUGCAAGGUUUGAACGCAUUGUAUUGGGCGACUGGAGGCGAAACAUGGUCGCAAGAUAGCCGAGAUGGUUGGAACAAAACCAAACAAUGCUGCAGCUGGAAUGGUGUUGCGUGUGAGUCGAGUGGACAAGUAACUAAGCUUUCACUCAUCCAUAGCAACUUGACUGGAGAUAUUCCAGAGGAAUUCGCUGCCAGUGAAUCGCUACAACAAUCACUGACCGUCCUAAUGCUUGGGGAAAACAGGAUCAAAUCAUUGCCCGAGAAUAUCGGCCUCCUAUCAAAUCUGUUGUUUCUUGAAAUCAACGACAAUGGUGGAUCUUUGAAUUUGCCUGAGAGUCUGGGAGAUACUUCACUGGUCUAUCUUCGCAUUGGUAACGGCACAGAACACCCUCCGUAUGAAGGCACUCGUCUGGUGACCAUCCCCGAUAGUCUGGCAUCUUUGAAACGACUGAGAGUGCUGGAUCUCAACCACAACAGUUUGACGGGCCAGCUGAAUCCGGACAUCCUCAAUCUACCAGAUCUAGAGGUAAUCGAUUUCAGCUUGGGUCAGGUGAUGAUCGACUUUCCCGGCAAUGGAUUCUCAAAGUUGAGGAAGCUUCGCCACCUUGCAUUGGACUACAACGUGCUGGUGGAGCUGCCGGAUAACAUCCACCAAGCAAAGAAACUGGAGUAUUUUAGUGUGAGCCCCGAGCCCGGUGUGUUCCAUGGCAAGCUGCCAGAGUCUAUCGGACAGCUGACUAACUUGACGUACUUGAGUUUCACAGGCAACUACAAUGCACAGGCACCGAUACCCUCAUCGAUUUGGAACAUCACCAGUUUACAGUACAUGGACAUAAGCUAUAACUCGAUAGCUGGAUCAUGGCCGGAGACAUUUGAACAGCAUGGUAACUUGACCUAUUUGGAGAUGGGUGCAAUGAUGUUUGGUCAUCUGCCAGAUAUACUCGGUCAGCUAACCAACUUGACUCAUUUUGGAAUACGCACAAAUCAGCUGACUGGGCCCAUACCUGAGUCGCUUGGAAGCCUGUCAAAGCUGAAGUUCUUCAAUGUUGCGGGUAACGGGUUAAAUGGCACAAUACCUGGCUCACUGAAAAGCUUCCUACCGGGCCUGGUGGAGUACAGUUGUCAGAUGGACUCAAACGAUUUCUCAUGUCCAAUUCCAUCCUUUGUGCCAUCGUACUGUGGUGCAACAUGUAGCCCAGUGAAAUGAACAGCAUACAAAACACCAGAACACGAAUUUUGAAAGAAUUUAGAUGGUCAAAUAAACGAUGGCAAUUAUCAUAAUUAUGGCAAUACUGUAAACUGCCUAAUAUUCGCGACGGAUUAGUGUUCGCUAUUUUCGCGAGAAGAGAGUAACGCGAAUAUUAACCAUCGUGAAAUCUAA